GGAUGUGGUCCACAGCCGGCUGCUCGGUGGUGACAUCUCUCCCAGAUUCCACAGCCUGUUUUUGCAACCACACCACGAACUUUGCGGUGCUGCUGCAGGUGUAUGAAGCACAAAGGACCAUGAAGGAAGAGUUCACGCUACAGACCUUGACUUUUAUUGGAUGUGGAGUUUCUUUCUGUGCCUUGAUUGUUACCUUCAUUUUAUUCUUGGUGGUUGGUGUUCCCAAGAGCGAACGAGCAACGGUGCAUAAGAACCUGAUCUUUGCAUUAGCUGCAGCAGAGGCUCUGCUCAUGUUCAGUGAAUUGGCCAAGACCAACCAGGUGGUGUGCUUCACUGUUACUGCCUUCCUCCAUCUCUUCUUCAUGGCAGCCUUUUCAUGGAUGCUGGUAGAGGGGCUUCUCCUUUGGAGCAAAGUGGUGGCAGUCAAUAUGAGUGAAGACAAGAGAAUGAAGUUCUACUAUGUGACAGGCUGGGGCCUCCCGGCUGUCAUCGUGGGGGUGACCCUUGCAGCUUCUUCCAACAAGUACGUGGCAGACGAGCACUGCUGGCUGAACGUUCAGAGCGACAUCAUCUGGGCCUUCGUGGGGCCUGUCCUCGUCAUCCUGGCAGUAAAUACAUUCGUGCUCUUCCGGGUGGUGAUGGUGACUGUGGCCAGUGCUCGCAGGAGAUCGAAGAUGCUGACACCCAGCAGCAGCCUGGAGAAGCAGAUUGGAGUGCAGAUGUGGGCCACAGCCAAACCCAUCCUGGUGCUGCUGCCCGUGCUGGGGCUGACGUGGGUGUGUGGAGUCCUGGUCCACCUCAGCAUCAUCUGGGCCUACGUCUUCAUUGUGCUGAACUCCCUCCAGGGCCUGUAUAUAUUCCUCGUCUAUGCAAUCUAUAACAGUGAGGUGAGGAAUGCCAUCCAGAGAAUGAAAGACAAGAAGAAAGCGCUGUCAUUCACAAACUGCUCUCAUCCCAUCAACUACUUAUCAAGCCCAAGAAAUACAACCUCCUGGGAGACAGGGAAACUGAGUCCCUCUGCAGCCGAGGGUGUCGUGUCGAGUCCUGUGCAGAAAGAGCCUCCAGUGAAGAACAUCACCAGCAAAGGAAACUUUGGAGCCAAAAUUCCCGUGGGGAUUUCAUCAAUUAUGUCCCCAGAGAGACCGGCUGUAGAGCUAACAGCAUUCAAGUCCUCAGGUAACGUUGGCCUGCCCUGUGGAGUGCUGGUUGGAGGGUGGAGGAUGAAGCGCUCGCGGCCGCGGCACAAAAGCUGCGGAAGCCCCGGCGCGGCGCAGAGCCGCCUCGCGUGCGGCCACCCUCUCCUCUCGCAGCGAGAGCAGCUCCUCGUGCCCGGGGGUGGCGGAGCCGCGUGGUUCAGCUCCUUCAGCCUGCGGGUGAAUGAGAAGAUCUCCUUGAACCACAAGAGCACUCCUGUGCGCACUUGUGCGCUCCACGCCGGAGCGCGGCGCGCGGCUGCUGGACCGCUGCUCCCGCUGCUCCCGCUGCUCCCCGGCCCUGGGCUCCAAGUCAAGUGCUUCCAGCUACUGCAUAAAAGGAGAGCGGCAGCACUGCCCACUGCAGUGACGGCCCAGGAGGCUUCGGGCAGCUCUCCGCUGCGCGGGCACGUUCUUCAGCAACCCCGAGUGCUUGGAAGCAAUGAGGGAUAA